AGACAGACAGAAGUGGAUGGCCCAGGACCUGGAGUCAAAGCUUUAAAAGCAGCUUCCGGAGUUUGGGAUAAUUCUGAAGAGUGAGGUGGAAUAUAUCAAGUUCUCACUCACUGGGGAGCAGAAAGAGGAAGCACAACAAGGUGGGCUGUGGUUCACGGGGUCCAGAUGGUAGGCAUGUGGGGCCCGGCCUGCACUGGAGUCUGGCUAUAGAGUCCACAGGGGCUCACACUUCAACUGGACACAUUCCACAGGACGUGUGCCCAUGAGGUCGUCAUCACUGGUCCUGCUCCUCCUGAUCGGCGUCCAGGCUGUACUGAACAUGGGAGGUGGAUGGGCUCGGGCAGCCAACCACAAAGCAGGACAGCAGAUGACAGCCAAUCACAGAUCAGGACAUCAGCCGACAGCAGCUGGGGACCGCCUCUCUGAACACCAGUCUUCACAAGAGCACCACAGGACCCGGCGAACCCACCGCGCAGCUUCACACUCCCAGCCAGCUACAUCAGAUUUACCCUCCGACCCCUCCAUUCCAGCAGUGGACCCCAAGCUGUUCUCGAAGAAACGUUACAGAUAUUCACCCCGUGUUGUUUUCAGUGAGGUGCCCCCAUCUCAUGAUGCCCUCGAGGGAGAGGGCUAUGACACUGAGGGGGUGAGAGGGGUGAGGGUACGGCGCAGGGCAGGGUCUCACCCCAUGCACCGAGGAGAGUACUCAGUAUGUGACAGCAUAAACAACUGGGUGGGCAACAUGACCAAAGCCACAGACCUAGCGGGGAAUGAGGUCACAGUGUUGCCCAACGUUACAAUCAACAAUGUGGUGAAGAGACAGUUCUUCUACGAGACCACCUGCCGGUCCCCCACGCACAGGGGCUCCGGGACUACCAGUGGGGGAAAGUCAGGGGGCCGAGGUGGAAAAUCAGGCUCCAAAUCAGGCAUUUCAGGUUGUCUGGGCAUCGACAGUCGCCACUGGAACUCCUACUGCACCAACACACACAUAUUCGUAAGCGCCAUGACCACCUUCAAGGAACGGACAGCCUGGCGUUUCAUCCGGAUCAACGCCGCAUGUGUGUGUGUUCUAAGCCGGAAGUCUUGGGGGGGACGAACUCCGAGGGGCUAAUGGGGGAGGACAACUCCUGACCACUGAACUAUAAACCAAACACAUAUUUCUCAUAAACAGCAGCUGCAGCUUUAUUGCCAAUACUGUAACCCCCCCAACCCCCAGCUCCAAAUACACAGUCACAGACACACAACCACACAACACAGCCUUAAACAUCAUCACCUCCAAAGCUUUCACAACAGACACACAACAUCCAUCUAUCCAAACCCUUUGCCCCCCCCCCCCCCCCCCCCCCCCCCCGACCCUACCUCAGCCCGAGAAGUCCUGGUUGUUUUAAAUUAUGAGGACCGCAUGUCAUAUUUAUGGUUUAUACAGUCAAAUAUGAAAAUAUAUACGGUAUGUGUGUGUAUAUACAAAAUGAAAUCAAGCUUUUAAUGUUGUUAUUGUUGUUGUGUUGUUCAUGUUGUUAUUUAUUAAACACCUCAGUACUUACCUGG